CAGUCAGCUGUCUUUGUGUUUGGCCUCUGUGGCCUCACUCUCUCUGAUUUCUUUCUGCUGCAGGUUUUAAACCUCGUCAGGUCAGAGACCGUGGACGGAGCAGCGGACACACGUUUUUAGAUCUCUGUGUUUUACUGUGUCACAGAUGGAGACGGCAGCGCACCAUCAGCGUACCGGCACGGUGAAGAGGAGGAGGUGGGGGGGUCUGAGGCAGCAGUGGAAGCUUCUGGGAUUAUUUGAGAUUGAGCCACAGCACGAGUUUUACGGCCUGACCUGCAUGAUGAAGGAGGGACUGUCUGCAGCCACACAGAGCAGCAUCGACAACGCUCCCACAGCUGAACUGUCGGACGACGACUUCAAGUUCCAGGUCACUCAGAUUCAUAAGGACUUUACCAUGGAGACGUUUGCAGGCCCGGUGUUUGCCAGCUUUCGUGGCUCUUUAGGAAUGACUGAGCAGGAGUAUCAGCAGUCGCUCUGCUCCGAACAUUGUUACCUCCAGUUCAUCAGCAACUCCAAGAGCAAGGCCGACUUCUUCCUCACAAAUGAUAAACGCUUCUUUUUGAAGACUCAGAACAAAAGGGAAAUCAAAUUCCUUCUGGCUAACCUGAAGAUCUACCUGGAACACCUGAGGAAGUACCCCCAUUCACUGCUGGUCAAGUUCCUAGGGGUUCACAGGAUCAAAAUCCCACACAAACGAAAGAAAUACUUCAUUGUUAUGCAGAGUGUGUUUUAUCCAGACGAUAGAAUCAAUGCCAGGUACGACAUUAAGGGCUGUGAGGUGAGUCGUUGGACCGAGCCGGCGCCAGAUGGAAGCCAAAUCAUUGUCGUCCUCAAAGACCUCAACUUUGAAGGCCAGUUCAUCACUCUGGACCGGCAGCGCCCCUGGCUCCUGCGUCAGAUGGAGAUUGACACACACUUCCUGCGGAGGCUCCAUGUGUUGGACUACAGUCUGCUCCUGGCCUAUCAGCCUCUACACCAAGACGAACGUCACCAGAGCCUGUCCUUCGCCACUCUCAUAAUGAGAACCAAGAAGUCGGUGAAUCCAGGCUCCAGCCCAGUCCACGCAGGCACUGCAGCUGUCCCUGGUGCGGUACCAGAAGAGGAGUCCGUCUUACUUUUGUCUGAAGUAGACGGUAGCUGUUUGAAACCAGAAAAUGCCCCGCAUGGUGGAACUCUUCAAACAUGCCCUGGGCACACAGGGCUGAGCAGUGACACAGCCGAGCUUCAAGACUUCCGGGUCCAAAACCGACGUUUGUUGCCCAACUUAAAGAACCCUCUGCAUGUCAUCGAUGGGCCGGAGCAGCGCUACUUCAUCGGCAUCAUUGACAUUUUCACAGUUUACAGUUUUAAGAAGAGGCUGGAGCAUUUUUGGAAGAGGCUGAGACAUCCAGGCCGCUCCUUCUCCACCGUCAGUCCACAGACUUACUGCCACAGGCUCUGUCACUGGGUACAGGACCACACCAAGUAGACCCUGGCUGUAGAUGUACAAAUAACUGUCUGAUCAACCAAAGUCCUCACACAUCACACAGACUUCAUGAAGCAGAGUCGCUGCGUAAAACGAUUCUCAAAUGAUUUAUGAAGCCUGGGCAGUUGACGAGUUGCGUCUCAUUUCCUGCUAAGCUCCGCCCUCUGCAAGACUGACGGUGCCCAUUAUGUCAAUGACUCACUCGAAAAAUAAAAUUUGCAUUAUGUA